AUGGAAGCAUUUUUAAUGAAGGGUAACUCUUUUAUGGGUCAUUUCAAUCUUCCAUCUCAUUCGAAUCCAAGCAUGGCAGCUGUUGAUAUAUCUGACAACAAAAUACAAGGUCCCAUUCCAGCAAACAUUUGUUCGAUCUUUCCACAACUAUUUGGGUUACAUCUAUCAGGCAAUUUCCUUCAAGGUAAUAUUCCUCCUUGUUUGGGUAGUUUGAAUACUAGAGACUUAAUAUUAGAUCUAUCACAUAAUCAACUAUCAGGAGGAAUACCAGAAAUGUUAGCUCAAAGUGACUCGUUGAGGUUUCUUAGGCUAUCAAAUAAUCAUCUAAGUGGGAAGAUAACCCCAACUAUCCUUCGCUCAUCUUCAUUAUAUUUGUUAUAUUUAGAUGGCAAUAACUUUGAUGGAAAUAUACCUGGCAUUGAUAUCUCAACUAUCCCAUCAUACCCUCUUCAAGAUGUGGAUUUAAGUAACAACAAUUUGUCUGGGGAACUCCCAAGAUGGAUAUGGAAUGUGACAGAUUUAAAUAUAUUGGCAGUAUCCAACAAUCAGCUCCAGGGUCUCAUUCCGAUAGAAUUGUGCUAUUUGGAUUCUCUCAAUAUUUUGGACCUCUCAAAAAACAAUUUUUCUGGCCCAAUACCAUCUUGCUUUGAUGCACAAUCUAUUGAACAUCUCCAUUUGAGCAAAAAUAGAUUAAGUGGAACCUUGACAAAUGCAUUCUUUAAUAGCUCUUCCUUGGUGACUUUAGAUCUUAGUGAAAACCAGUUGACUGGGAAAAUUCCAUACAGGAUUGGAACUCUUUCGGCUUUAAGUGUCCUCCUUCUAAAAGCCAAUUAUUUUAUCGGAGAAAUUCCCAUUGAGAUGUGCAAAUUGUAUUCGUUAAGCAUCAUUGAUCUUUCUCAAAACAAGCUUUCUGGUUCGAUACCUUCUUGUUUGAGUAAUCUAACUCUUAAGCCAAAUUAUAAAAAAUCUUCAAUGAGGAACUAUCAGACGACGCUUGAAGGAAUCAUGGAUAGACCUAAUUACUUUGGAAUGACCGAAUUUGAGUGGUCCACUUUAAGAGGAGAAAUGUCAUUGGAUGUAUAUCCCUCUAUUGAGGAUCAAAUAGAAGAAACGGUAGAGUAUACAACAAAGAGAGUAUCUUACACGUACAAGGGAAACAUUCUUGAGCUCAUGUCUGGAAUUGAUUUAUCAUGUAAUAGAUUAACAGGUGAAAUCCCCACAGAGAUUGGAAAUUUGAGUGAAAUUCGAUCAUUAAACUUGUCACACAAUAAUUUGACUGGACAUAUACCGUCAAUGUUCUCAAAGUUCAAGCAAAUUGAGAGUCUGGAUCUUUCUCACAACAACCUAAUCGGAAGAAUCCCUACUCAAUUGACAGAGUUGUACACCUUAGCAGUCUUCAAUGUGUCAUACAACAACUUGUCAGGGAGUAUUCCGCCUCCGAAAGCUCAAUUUGGAACCUUUGAUGAAAGCAGUUAUAUGGAGAAUCCUUUUCUCUGUGGGCCUCUCCUACAUAAAAAUUGCAUCGACCUUGAUUCACCCCCGACAGCAGCACCAAAUACCUCAAACAACGAAGAAGAAAGUGGUUUGAUGGACAAGUAUGUUUUUUGGGUGACCUUUUUUGUUUCUUAUGUAAUUGUGUUACUGGUUAUUGUUCUCAUCCUGUAUAUAAAUCCUUACUGGCGUCAAGCAUGGUUUUCUUUUGUUGAACACUGCAUCAAGACUUGCCAGUAUUUUAUUGAGGACAAUCUUCUGCGGUUUCUCAUCUUCAAAAGAAGCGGGUAG